UCUGUCUUAAAGAGUACUGGGAUGUAACUAUAUCUGCCUGCCAAGGGUUUCUUUAAAAAACUGGUGCUUUAUUUAUUUUUUUUUAACCCAGCACUGUAGUUUUUUUAACCUCCGCUGCCCACAGUGUCACCUGAGGGGUGCCUCUCCUUUGCUGGCCCCCUGCCCUCACCAGCCCGGUCAGAAAUUGCUAACACUUCAAAUGUUAAGAAAUAUUAGAUUCCCUUUUGUCACGUUUAUUUUAAAAGGGGUUCGAUGAGGAGGGCAGCAACGCCACGCUGUUAAUACCCUUUUUUUUUUUUUUUUUUUUUUUUUUUUUUUUUUUUUUUCCCCCUCCCCUGGUGGGGGUGGUAACCUGCGGGCUGGAACCUGGUCCCCCUUUGCCCUGAGGGGAGAAGGGGGGCUCCGGGAGGGCAGGAGUCCCGAUUUCUACGGCGGGGUUUGGGGGCACUCACACGGGCGGCUCUGAGGGGGCCGGCGGUGCCCGGGGCCAGGGAAGGACCCGUGAGGGGGAGCCGCGGGGCCCUGAGGGAGGAGGAGGCGGCGGCGGCGCGGGGGCCGCUGGGGGCGAUGGCGGCCGGGCGGGCCUGUCCCCGCCCCGCGGCGCUCUCCCCGCACCCGCCCGCCCUCCGCCGCUGCCAUUGGGAGCCGAGCCGAGCGCAGGCAGCCGCCGGUCCCGCUCCGCCGCCAUGAGCUUCUUGUUUGGUAGUCGCUCUUCCAAAACCUUCAAACCAAAGAAGAACAUUCCCGAGGGGUCUCAUCAGUACGAGCUGCUCAAACACGCCGAGGCCACGCUGGGAAGCGGCAACCUCCGGAUGGCUGUGAUGCUUCCCGAUGGGGAAGACUUGAAUGAAUGGGUUGCAGUUAACACUGUUGACUUCUUCAACCAGAUCAAUAUGCUCUAUGGAACCAUCACAGACUUCUGCACAGAGGAGAGCUGCCCCGUGAUGUCUGCUGGCCCAAAGUACGAGUACCACUGGGCAGAUGGCACAAACAUCAAGAAACCCAUCAAGUGCUCGGCGCCCAAGUACAUCGAUUACCUGAUGACCUGGGUCCAGGACCAGCUGGAUGACGAAACGCUGUUUCCUUCUAAAAUAGGUGUACCAUUCCCAAAGAACUUCAUGUCAGUGGCCAAGACAAUUCUCAAGCGUCUCUUCAGAGUUUACGCUCACAUCUACCACCAGCACUUUGACCCCGUGAUCCAGCUGCAGGAAGAGGCACACCUCAACACUUCUUUCAAGCACUUUAUAUUUUUUGUUCAGGAAUUCAAUCUUAUUGAUAGAAGAGAACUUGCACCACUUCAAGAACUGAUUGAAAAGCUCACCUCCAAGGACAGAUAAAAGGAAGAGGACUUCAAGUCACUUGUUUCUUUAAGCGAGCGUGUGGAAUUUGUUUUUUGUUAGUUUGUUUUUUUUUAAAAAAAAACAAAAACAAAACAACCCCCAUGUGCUGUUACCAGUGACAGCUGAGAUCUACUUUCUGUGCUUUUAUUAGGGGAAAUCUUUUCUCUAUUAGUGACAUGUGGUAAAUAGCUUUUUUUUAUUAUUAUUAUUUUAUUGUUGUUAUUCAUUGUGGAAUUUCUAGGAGGUGCUGAGUGUUUAUAAAGGAAACGUGCUUGGUUGGGGGAUUGACUCUGCUGGUGGAUGGGUUCUUGUGUUGUGUCAAUGGUAGCCCAUUCUCAUGAAGUCCCUGGAAAACUUGCUUACAUUCUCUAAGUGCCUUGGCAGACUCACUUCUGAGGUGCAAAGCACAUACAAUACUGAACAUUGCUGGAAACAGAAAAUAUGUACUAACACCCAGACAUGUACUGAAACUAGUUUUAAAAAUGUGUAUCUAUGCUUACACUAAAAAAAAAAAAAAAAGCCAUAACUUGCUGAAAUCAAUGAUCUCCAGCUUUUAAUACAAAUACUUGUCUUAUUUUUUUAGAGAUGAAUAUAGAAUUUUUCAAAACUAGAUUACUUCUUACAAAGAAAAGCCAAGUUCUCGCUAAAGCAAAAGAGCAGAGGUGGUAACAUUACACAGACAUUGUGCUUAGCAAAUAGUUCCAUGUCUGCUGCCAUGGGACUUUGCAUAGUUGCUUGUAUUUUCUUAGCAGGAAAGCAUCAGUUGGGUCAGCCAGCUUGUUAAAGUUCCCGUAGCAGUUGCCAAAUGAACAGGUAGUUUGCACAAAUACCACUAGGGAGAGGAUUCCCUAUAAAAAAAUUGCACUUGGGUAGUAGUAAUAAUAGUAAGGAAGGCCUGGCUUGAAAAAUAACUGGUGGAAAGGUAUUUUUAAGUUAGGAAUGCAAAGCCUGGCUCUGAGGAGGGGCUCUGGUGGCCAGUGUUGGCUGUUAGAGAUGUGUCUUGGAGGGGAGAUCAUUUCACUUAGGAGUUUUUGAGCUUUGGAGUUUUGUUAUUGUGAUGGUUAAAAUCACUGCCCACCUUCAGGGAGCUCCAGCUGUUGGGAAAAGCAACAGGAACAAGUGAGGCUGAGGUGAGCACAUGACAGAGAAGUUGAGCUUCUGUUUUGCAGCCCUUGGCUUGGCCAAAAACGCUGAGUGAAACUGGAAGUGGUGUGCAGGAGUGUGCAGAAGAGGUGAGUGGCUGUGGGCACAGCCAGCAGGGAACAGCUGAGCACAGAAGUGACUCACUUGGCAGCUGCUGGGUUCUGCUGAGGGAUCCUGAUCUUCUGGCUUUUCCUGUGCCACCAUGCACCCGACGCUGUGAAAUCGAUCUCCCACAUUCCAAGGGCACGGUUUAAGACACGGAGUGAGGAAGGCAGGAGCUCCGAGGUGCUCAGCAGGUGAUGUCUCCCAUUAAAUGUCAGGGUGAUUCCUUGGUUUGGUGUCACGUGCCAGCAAGAAGGAUAAAUGUGUAGAAAUGAGGAUUUGCUUGGGCACGGCAGUGCAGUGGUUCCCCUUCCUGGCACGCUUCUGCCCUGGGAGGGCUUAGUUCUUGUUGUUGUUGUUGUUGUUGCAGUUUUUAUUUUUUUGAACAGCCUGCUCUAGAAAUUCCAGAGGCAUCUGGUGCAGUUCAGCCAAUCAGAAUUGGAAUGCAUUGAGUAUAAAAAUGAGUCCUAGGUGGAUAGUGUAUUUCUUUAAUUCACUAUCUGGCAGUAGAGAGUCUCUGACCGAAUAGUUUCUAGGCACGUAGUAAAAGCUUGGAGAUCAUGAUUUGCCUGACAGCUGUAUGAACACAUCGUUGAAUUACACAACACUUGAAGAUAACAUCACUGAGGACGUUUUUGCAGUGGUGGGGAUUUAGGAUCCCCGUGCUGUUUCUUUUUGCAGCUUUCCAUUGUUGUUUUGCUUCUGAAAGAUGUGGGACCAGAAAUUGAUGUGUGUUUACACUCUCGGAGUAAGGGCACAUGGAAAUGCCACUCAAUGGAAUCUGGAUCGAGUGAAUGUGUUGAUAAAAUAGUGCAUUUAUAGGAGGAAAAGGGGGGGACACCCCCUGCCCCUCCAAAAAACCCCAGAGAAACAAACCCUGCGCUGCUCCAGGCCCCCACUACAGACUUGGAGGGGUGACGAGUGCUCAGAGACAAAACCUUCCAGCUUUGGUCAUGGGGAGCACCAAGUGCCAGUGGGGUUGAACCAGGCUGUGCUUCCAGAGCUGCCUCAAGCCUUCCAGUUCGGUAGGGUCCCAAAUUCCGGUGGUUUGUGGCAGUCUGUUGCUGCCAGCACGCUGGAUCUUGUUAGGGGUUUGGGUGGCCACUUGGGGAGGGCACGUCCCUGGAGCUGGGAAGGGGCGAAGGGCCGAGUCCACGGAGCUCUGGCAGUGCUCAGGUGAAUGGAUAUGGGAUGUGCUGUCCGAGCCUUUCAAGUCCAAGUCAGGGAUACAAGUUACUCCUGCAAAGAGGAGCAAAACCAGCACGUUGUGCUGGUGCAGGUGGCCGAGGGGACAAAACAGGUUGUGAGGGGCAGGCAGCCCAUCUGCAAGUACCCAGUUUCUUUUCCUGCUUACUAUGCAAUGUAGAGCUUUGAACUUGUGCUUUUGUGUGGAGGUAGGGAGGAGCGCAGUCCUUACUCAGUCCUUGGGAACUGAGCCCUCCCCCAGUGUCCCUGACCCUCAGUUAACAGGUAAGGACACCUAUUUGCUGCUAUGGACUCAACCUACCUUUCAGAUUGUUCCUUUCUAUUUCUCACCCUUUCUCCUUAUCCUGGGUCACCAGGCACAAUUUUGUUGUAAACACAUCCUUUUGGAUAGCUGUGUUUUUCCUUGCUGCCCUCUCCUCUUCUCCUGCCUGCCAGAGUGCUGUUACUGUACAUAACCCCCCUUUUAGUUGGAUUAUUUAAGGAGCUGCAGCACCAACAGAGAUUCCUUGCUUCUUUCCCCUCUAAAAUACUCCCUUUUGCACCGAAUCUCGUUUCCUUCACUGCUGGUAGCAGUUGUCUCUUUGCCAGUCCCUCACUCCUGAAACCACUGGCAGUUUUACUGAUGCCCAUCUUUUUUUUUUUUUCCUGGAUAUCUUAUUUUCUAACACGAGACUAACACUGGUGAUUUUCAGUGUUGUUAAACCACCUUCUUUCCCUGCUUUCCUUAUGGUUUCCUCUUUCCAGGUUCGGUUUGCAGCCUAGGAAAAUAUCCAAUUACCUUAUUUUGGUUGGAAGAAGCAAUUCCCCAGAUUGUUCAUAGAAGACUGUAUUUUUAGGGGAGAUUAAUUUUUAUAGCCACUAAACUAUACUCAUUAUUUUUGUACGUUUGCAACUUGGGGACAAUUUUCUGGGCCGUGUCGUGGAGGGAACCUUUAUUGUCAUGGCUGUUUGACUGCUUGGGAAUGCUGUGCUUGUGUGGUGUGGAGGCACAUGCCUUGGUGUGCACUGGGAAGGAGAGAAGCAAUAAAAAUGAACGAGGCUUCAAUAAAAACUAACGAGGCUUCGGUAAAAGGCCAUUUUUGAAGGAAAAAAAAAAAAAAAAACGAAACAAAAAACAGACUCCAAAAGCGGCAGUAACCUUUCCUCCUCCCUUAGAAUCCUGAAAUAUAUGGGAGAAAAUGCAGUGUAAUGUCUAAAAUGCAAGGAGAGAACCCUUACUGUGAGCUAACUGUGCCAAUACCGCUUCAGUUUGUAGUCACUGAUGGAGAUUUCAGUUUUAAAUGAAAACAGCUUUUGAUUAAAAAAGAAUAAGUUGAAUGUCUGAAAAUCCACACCGUGUUUAUUUGAGAGUUGUAAAUAAUGUAUACAGAUGGUUGUAUGUGAUGGGGCAGAAUAUUUAAAUCCUAGGGUUGUUUUUGUUGGUUUUUUUUUUUUUUUUUCCAAUAAGAAACUGAAGGCUGUUUAUAAGAGAAAAUAAAUAGCUCUGUUUGACCA